UUUCUGUUGUGUGUCGCUUUUUGUUUGCAGUUUAUUCGAACAAGCUGCAAAUCCAACGCUGUAAUGUAUCGUAUGCCCUCUUCGCAAACGUCACAGUCUGGGAGUCGUGCUGCUUCCCCUGAAGACGAAAAUGGAAAACCCAGAUCUCAAUCUCCAGCAGAGUCACUUGAUAAAACAGACAAGUAUGCUGAUCUAAGGCGACGAUCGGCGCAGGCGUUUACGAUUUUCGCCAAUGAAGAGCGGGAUAGGUUACUGAAGACAAGGCCUGACUUACCAAUGGGUCUUGUUACGCGAAUGAUGGUAGAGAAGUGGAGGAGCUUUGACAACGACGCUAAGAAACCCUAUUUCGAUGCACUUCGUGCUUCUCCUCCUUUGAAAACCGUAAAGAAUGGCAAUGACUGUUCGUCCGAAAUAAUACCACCGAAGAAAUGGCGACCUGCUGCGUCUUACACUCAGCCUAUAUUCACUGUAGGUAACCAGCCAAUACAAAACCCCGAACAGUCUGGACGAGUUAUUGUUGUUCAAGGGAAACUUGGUGCUUCUGUGGCCGAAGUUGUUAAGCCUCCAUCGUCAAUAUCGGCAUCGAUAGCUCAAGCAUUGGGUAUGACCAUCAUCACACCGCAACAUACUUCUAUAAUCACUGCUUCGGCUCCUUCAAUGCCAUCCACAGUACGUUCAUCUUCUUCCCGAAGUAAAUUACAUCACGGUACUACAACGGUGAUGUCACAAUCUAAUGUGUCCAACCUCUCCUCAGCAUCGGAUCCGCUGUUUCGAUCAGCUACUGGUAGCUACGGAUUUGCUAAUUCUCAGCAAGCCCUGGAUAUGUUCUAUCUGGCCCUUUGUGAACCAGCAUUUCCUCAGCCAAAUGAACCACCUCUUACACCCUACCCAGCCAACUAUUGUUACGAGGCUUAUCUGAGAAUGACCUCGGGUCAAUAGAUUUUAUCAGAUUCAUAGGAGUUCACAUUCGUAACUGAUCUUUUUUUAUAGCUCCGCUCUAACAUCGUGAUCGUUCCAUUGGUUGAUAUCAUUACUUUCAUUUUGAUUUCCUCUCAUGCUAUCAUCUUUUUGCCUUGUUCUGAUAGUUGUUUAGACAGGCAUCUCAAUGAUUCUGACCGCUGAAGUGUGCAACUCACUGCCAGUCUUUGUCAGCUCGGACUCAUAUUUCACAUUUAGACUAGGAGCCGUUACACUGUUCCGUCAAUUUUGAGAAUUUUAAAUCUGCUUUCUUGAGGAGUCAUCCUGCUGAUUUCGGCGUGUUGCCUUGCCUUUUUUGAAAUUAGCGGAAUGUGCGCUAGUUGGCGUGGAGACAUGACCGUGGCGACAUGUCCAAGAUGUUUUAUAAUCGAUAUUGUAAACUGCGAGGUCUAUUUCUAAACAGAGUAUUGCAAGUACAUAGUUCCGCAUGGUCAUGCAGAUGUUGCUGGACUUAUUGCACACCAAAAAUAUUUGAAUAGUGUGAUUCGAAGGAAAUUCCACAGAGGAGGAUUAGAAGAGUUGCAUCAAAGAACUUUUCUUUGUACGUGGGCGGUGAGACAUUGUACACUAGCGGUCAGGUCUGUUCUGUAAGCAUUGUAAAGAUUUAUACAUAGUCGUUUAGAUUUGAAAUUUUAAAAUGCAGUCAGGUCAAUUGUAGUUCGAUGAUUUGACGUCAUGUAUAUCAUCCAUUCAUCUACCGUGAUACUCGAGAUCUCUAUUUUGCGUUGCUUAUUUUUAAGUGACUGUUAACCUCAUCUCAGAUUUAUGAUGCUUUUGUCAUGAGUCAUAUGCAUGGUGCUCUCGAGUGUGCUAGUCCUUGUUUGGAUGAUAUUUUCCGAGAAAUACCGGUGGUCUAUGCUUCCUAACUUUAUUCUUGUUACAUCAGAUUCGCCUUAUAUUUCCAUACCUAUCCUCCUAGUUCCCGCAUAGAUUAGGCACUCAAGCUGAGGUGUGACAUAUGGCACACGAAUUGUUUUCAUGUCAUCAGGAAUGGUGGUGAAAUGGGUUUAUUCUUUUUUGUUGACUGUUGUUCCAUAUUCUUUGCAAAUUGUUAUGUUUUUAUGUUACAUCUAUUACAAAUACAGUUUAUCGUUGCAUUAUUUACUGGUUCGUAUUAGUAUCAUCACUGGAGAAAGAAAAGUCUCUCAUUCAUCAUGCAGUGUGUAUAACAU